CGCGUUGGGAAAUUUCUGAUCUCAGAAUCAGAAAUGGCUUCACGAAGCUCCAACGUCGAUUCUGACUCGAAAUCAAGUGGGAUAUCGUUUUCUUUUAAAUUGUCCACCGAGAAUACGGCUUCAUCGCCUGAUUCUCCCUCCUCGUCCAAUAGUACGGAUUCUACGCCACAAAUUUCUCCAUCGACCUCGCCUCCGUCGGGUUCUCCGCCUCCUCCGACGAGUUCUCCACCGCCUUCAUCAAGCCCGCCUCCAUCACGACCGCCACCCUCUUCUUCGCCCCCUCCAUCGUCACCGCCUCCAUCACCACCACAAUCUUCGCCACCUCCACCAUCGUCUCCUCCUCCUAAACGGUCACCGCCGCCAUCAUCUCGGUCACCACCGCCAUCGUCUCCUCCUCCUCCUCAACGGUCUCCACCACCGUCGUCUCCUCCCCCAAAGUCACCGUCACCGUCACCGUCACCUCCACCACCAUCACAAUCCCCACCUCCACCUGAUCAAUCUUCUCCGCCUCCAUCCGCACAUCCAACUCCACCUUCAUCUCCGCCUUUAUCGCAGAACUCGUCUGCACCACUGACACCGGGACCCCCAAAUAAUUCAUCAGCUACCGGCAACGCAUCACCACCUCCUUCAAGUACUGUUUCCCCUUCAGUUGCCACUGGCUCACCAAAUACACCUAGCUCUGCUCCGCCGCCAAGGACGUGGAGCCCUCCUCCGCUGCCGCACUCACCUUCCACCACAAGCUCAAGCGGUUCUUCGAGUGGAUCCAUGUCUCUCUCGUCGUCAACAAGUAGCAGCAGCAGUGGUAGUUCAGACAAUUACAUUGGUUAUGCUGUGGCCGGAGUUCUCGGUUUUAUCCUGCUCGCGGUGUUGAUUGUUUUCGUGGUAAAGAGGAAGAAAAAACAAAAAGUGGCCCAUGCUACACAUUAUGACGCUGCCAAUACCUUAUAUAAGAAACCAGGUAGGGAAGGGUUUUACUAUGCCCAGCAGCCUGGGAAAGCGAAUUAUGCACAAGAGGGUUUUUAUACUUCCCAAGCUCCAACUUCUCCCAGCAGUAAAAGUGGGAAUCAAGCAGAAGCUGUGCAACAUUUUGCGAGUCCAGACUCGCCCUGGAAUAAUGGUCAGAUAUCUUUUAGCUAUGAGCAGAUCACGGAGAUAACUCAGAGAUUUUCUAGUGAAAAUAUUAUAGGGGAGGGGGGAUUUGGUCGUGUGUACAAGGGUUGGCUUUCAGAUGGAAAAGAAGUUGCCGUGAAGCAGCUUAAGGCUGGCAGCGGCCAGGGUGAACGGGAAUUUAGGGCAGAGGUUGAAAUUAUAAGCCGAGUUCAUCAUCGGCAUUUGGUAUCAUUAGUUGGCUAUUGCAUAGCUGAUCACCGAAGAGUGCUUAUCUAUGAGUUCCUUCCCAAUAAAACUCUUGAAUAUCACUUGCAUGCCAGAGGAGUGAAAGUCUUAGAUUGGGAGAAGAGGAUGAAGAUUGCAAUUGGCUCUGCAAAAGGCUUAGCAUAUUUGCAUGAAGACUGCAACCCAAAAAUUAUCCACAGAGAUAUUAAGUCGGCAAACAUACUUUUGGAUAAUGCGUUUGAGGCACAGGUUGCAGACUUUGGACUUGCUAGGCUACAUGACGAUGAUAACACGCACGUAUCAACUCGGGUUAUGGGGACUUUUGGGUACAUGGCUCCAGAGUAUGCAACAAGCGGAAAAUUGACCGAUAGAUCAGAUGUUUUCUCCUUCGGAGUUGUCCUCCUUGAACUCAUAACAGGGAGGAAACCUGUCGAUCAGACGCGGCCCGUGGGAGAAGAAAGUUUGGUUGAGUGGGCUCGUCCCCUUCUUCAUCGUGCUAUUGAGACCCGAGACUUCAGCGAAUUAGAGGACGAAAGGCUUAACAAGCAAUUUGUGGAGAGCGAGAUGUGCAGAAUGAUUGAAGCUGCUGCAGCAUGUGUUCGCCAUUCUGCUCCAAAACGGCCUCGUAUGGUUCAGGUGGUAAGAGCAUUGGAUAGUCAAGAUGAAUCAUGUGAUUUAUCAAAUGGGGUUAAAUAUGGUCAGAGCACCAUUUAUGAUGAUGGCCACUAUAGUGAAGACGCUAUUAUGAAGUUCAGGAAGAUGGCCAUUGACAGCUGUAGUGAAUCUGAAUUUGAUAGGGACAGUGGAGAUUGCUGUUCUUCAGUAGAGCUUUCUGGACAACAACAUUCAUGGCUCAAGGGCACUUCAAGCGGGGAGUCAGAGUGCCGGGCUUUCAAUGCAAGUAGAAGGACUUAGUAGUUAGUAGGGCCAAAUAUGAGGGCACGCGCAUAGUAGCAACACUGGGCAUACUCAUACGAGGAAACGGAUGUUAGCAGCACUCAGAAUGCUGAAAAUGCUGAAACUCUUCUUGUGCUUUAUCCAAAUGCCAUGGUUUUCACAUUCU